AUGGGCGAUGGAAUGAGCAAGGUUGUCCAAGGGCUCUACCUCGGGAACAUCCGCGGUGAGUGCCCUUCCCUGCUCCCCCUCCGCGAUGCCGUGGGACCCCUGGGCAGCCGCCUGGCUGGGGUCUCCCGCAGCACCACGGUCCUGGUGGCUUACCUCAUGACGGUGACCGAGCUGGGCUGGGAGGGCUGCCUGGCCGCCACCAAGGCCGUGCGCUCCUACGUCAGCCCCAACUUCGGCUUCCAGCGGCAGCUGCAGGAGUACGAGGCGACCCUGCUGCAGGAGGUGGGUCCUGCGCCCGCGUCCCCUUGUGCAGGUGUCAGCAGAGCCUGGUGA